AUGUCGGAACGCUAUAUCCCCGAGCACCGCCGGACCCAGUUCAAGGCCCGGAACCAGUUCAAGCCCGAUGAGCUCCGUCGCCGCCGUGAAGAACAGCAGGUCGAGAUCCGAAAGCAGAAGCGUGAGGAGAACUUGGCCAAGAGACGUGGUAUUCAGACCUCCGAUGGUGGAAUCGGUGUUGGUGGUGGCAUGGCCGGCGCCACUGAGAGUGACGAUGAGGCCAGUGCUAUCGAGAGCGAGACUCCUAUCGCGCUUCUCUCUGGGCACUUCGACCCUCCCUUUGUUUUUAUGAUGCGAUCAUCAACAUGGGAAUUUUUUUCACCGCCCG